AUGGCACCUGUAGGAUGGAUUCAAAGAUUUGAUUUAGGAUCUCAGGCCUACAGAAGAGAACAACAUGUCAUAAGAGGUUUAAUGGAUCGUAAAAAGGGUCUCGUCGAGAGGGUUAUGACAAAAUUCGAGUUGAAUAAGUUGUGUAUGGAUGAGAACGAUUCAAUGUUUAACGCGGAAGUGCGAUGCAAGCAUGGAAUCUUACUGCAAAUGCAGACGUCUUGGUCAAAUCGCAAUCCCGGAAGACGAUUUUGGUCUUGUCCUCACUAUGAGGCCACAAACUGUAAUUUCUUUAGAUGGAGAGACACGGAGAGAGUUGAUGAAAGAUCUCGUUUUAUUAUUCCUAAAUUGGUGAAUAGGAUUAACGAGUUAGAAAAAAAUUAUGAGCGUGUGAAGAUGCAACUGGAACAGCUUGAUAAUUCCAACAUUGAACAGUCAAAACUAGAGAAAAUUCCUUUGGAUGAAGGUGAAAGUCUUCGAAAUCGUUAUGAAAAUCUGAACAUCAAUUCAAAGGAGAAGGUUGACAACGUAAAAGAAAUGGGUGAAUUGAAAGACAAGAAGAAGAUGAAAGGGAUGAAAAUGAAGAAAACAAAUAAAGGCUGUUGUUUUGGCAAAUUCCUUUGUUGUGUGAUGAUUUGUUUUGUUGUUGUAUUUGUUAGUUUUCUAACCCAAGUUGGUAGGUAUAAGGAUCAUAUGAAAUUGCCAUAA